CGCACUGCGCGCCGCCCGCAGCGGCCCUGAGCCCCUAUCUCCGCACACUGCCUGGGAACCGAAGCGCAGAAGCGCGCGCUCCUGGAAGCGAGACCCAGAGAAGGAGCGGGAAGCAGAGCGCAGCCGCCGCCGGGCCCUGCGCGCCCCGGGAGCGCAGCGCGGCCCUGCCCGCGGGCUCUGGGUGUCCGCGGGGCGGCGCCGCGGAACAUGACGGCGCCCUGGGCGGCCCUCGCCCUUCUCUGGGGAUCGCUGUGCGCCGGCGCAGGUUCCGGGCGAGGGGAGGCUGAGACUCGGGAGUGCAUCUACUACAACGCCAACUGGGAGCUGGAGCGCACCAACCAGAGCGGCCUGGAGCGCUGCGAGGGGGAACAGGACAAGCGGCUGCACUGCUACGCUUCGUGGCGCAACAGCUCGGGCACCAUCGAGCUGGUGAAGAAGGGCUGCUGGCUAGAUGACUUCAAUUGCUAUGACAGGCAGGAGUGUGUGGCCACUGAGGAGAACCCCCAGGUGUACUUCUGCUGCUGUGAAGGCAACUUCUGCAACGAGCGCUUCACCCACUUGCCGGAGCCUGGGGGCCCAGAAGUCACGUACGAGCCACCCCCGACAGCCCCCACCCUGCUCACGGUGCUGGCCUAUUCGCUGCUGCCCAUUGGAGGCCUCUCUCUCAUCGUCCUGCUGGCCUUCUGGAUGUAUCGACAUCGAAAGCCUCCCUACGGCCACGUGGACAUCCAUGAGGUGAGACAGUGCCAGCAUUGGGCAGGGAGAAGGGACGGCUGUGCAGACUCCUUUAAGCCCUUGCCUUUCCAGGACCCGGGGCCUCCACCCCCAUCCCCUCUGGUGGGCCUGAAGCCACUACAGUUGCUGGAGAUCAAGGCUCGGGGCCGCUUUGGCUGCGUUUGGAAAGCUCAGCUCAUGAACGACUUUGUGGCUGUGAAGAUCUUCCCACUUCAGGACAAGCAGUCGUGGCAGAGCGAACGGGAGAUCUUCAGCACACCCGGCAUGAAGCACGAAAACCUGUUGCAGUUCAUUGCUGCCGAGAAACGAGGCUCCAACCUGGAGGUGGAGCUGUGGCUCAUCACAGCCUUCCACGACAAGGGCUCCCUCACGGAUUACCUCAAGGGGAACAUCAUCACGUGGAACGAACUCUGCCACGUGGCGGAGACGAUGUCACGAGGCCUCUCAUACCUGCAUGAGGAUGUGCCGUGGUGUCGUGGCGAGGGCCACAAGCCUUCUAUUGCCCACAGGGACUUCAAAAGCAAGAAUGUACUGCUGAAGAGCGACCUCACCGCGGUGCUGGCUGACUUCGGCCUGGCUGUUCGGUUUGAGCCAGGGAAGCCUCCAGGGGAUACCCAUGGACAGGUUGGCACCAGACGGUACAUGGCCCCCGAGGUGCUGGAAGGAGCCAUCAACUUCCAGAGAGACGCCUUCCUGCGUAUCGAUAUGUACGCCAUGGGCCUGGUGCUGUGGGAGCUCGUCUCUCGGUGCAAGGCUGCAGACGGGCCUGUCGAUGAGUACAUGCUGCCCUUCGAGGAGGAGAUUGGCCAACACCCUUCGCUGGAGGAGCUUCAGGAGGUGGUUGUCCACAAGAAGAUGAGGCCCACGAUUAAGGAUCACUGGCUGAAACACCCGGGCCUGGCCCAGCUCUGCGUGACCAUUGAGGAGUGCUGGGACCAUGAUGCAGAGGCUCGCCUUUCUGCAGGCUGUGUGGAGGAGCGGGUAUCCCUGAUCAGGAGGUCGGUCAAUGGCACUACCUCGGACUGUCUCGUCUCUCUGGUGACCUCUGUCACCAAUGUGGACCUGCUCCCUAAAGAGUCCAGCAUCUAAGCCCGGAUAGCGUCUCUCCAGACUCAGUGGAUCUGAAGAAAAAAAAAAAAAAAAGGAAAAAAAAAAAAAGAAUUGUGUUUUGUUUUGGAAAUCCCAUAAAACCAACAAACACAUACAAUGCAG